UUUUUUUCUUACAUUCGCAAUCCUUUUCUCAAUCCAAAUUCAACCUUCCCUUUUUCCAUCUAAAAUGAGCGAGGCUGUGGUUGAUGACUUUUACACUGCGCGCAAUCUGCUCUACCUCGGCGCCUACCCGCAAGCCCUAAGCAAUCUCACCCAUCUCCGGAGCAACACCGCUGCCUGGGAAUUCGAUGUUGAAAAAAAGUCACUCCAGUACCGUUCAUACCUCGGCCAAGGCAAACACCAGCAGGUUCUCGACGAAAUACCCACGACACCCAGCACGCCCGCCACGCUACAGGCACUUCGCCACCUCACUGCCUUUAAAUACACUGCAGGUGACCAACGCGACGCCGCCACCGCCGCCAUUACCGAACUCGUUAGUGUUCCGGAGAACUUGCUCAGUGGCACCUUUGUGGCCAUUGCUGCACAGCGGCAUGAUGAGGCGCUGAGUAUCCUGGCGAUGCACUCGAAGAACCUCGAAUGCUCCCUGAUGACCACCGCCAUCCUUUUGUCCAUUGACCGCGUGGAUUUGGCGCAAAAAACUGACGCACCCCUGGCGCAAUUAGCCGAAGCCUGGACUGCUCUGCAUGUGGGUGGUCAGAAAUACACUGAAGCCUUGUAUAUCUUUGAAGAGCUUGCACAGGCCGCUGCCGUAUCCACCGCGAGAGUCGUUUGUGCAUUGGCUGUAUGCAAAAUGCAUCUUGGCUUGGUCACUGAGGCUAUGGCUAUGUUGCAGGAUGCAUUGGAGAGGGACCAGGGAGAUGCGGAUGUGUUGGCUAAUUUGGUAGUUUGUGCGAAUAUUUUGGCUUUGCCUUUGGAGACUAAAGAUCAUAUUUGGGUUUGCUGAGAAAGGCUAAUCCAGAACACCAAUUUGUCGUGGAGCUUGAUCGUAAGGAUAAGGAGUUUGACGUGAUUGCCGCAAAGUAUCUGUGAUGUUUUUUUGGUUAAUAAAUAAAUAAAAUUUAUAUAUUGUUGCUAAAAAACCACACUAUUACAGCA